UCUUAAAUCCUUAUGGAUAUUCUAAGAGAUUUUAUAAUUUUUUUAUUUAAAAAAAUUAAUUAAUUUUAGAGAAGUUAAAAAAAAAUUUUCACAAUAUAAUUCUUUUUAAUUAAAAUAUUUGUUUGAUUAAAAAAAUACAGGUGACCCCACCCUCCCCCUCUCUGUGACCAAGUUUAUUGGGGUCACUAUAUACGUUCAAAAUCUUUGACGCAUUUUCAUGCUAUCUACAAAAGUCUUUCCUCAUCAAUCUUAUUUACCUUGAAGUGCCGAGUAUAUAUGCCCUUUCUAUCGCAUGCUCCUAUUUUAGUUUUAGGGUGUCCUUCCAUCCAUCCCUUACCUAUAAAAACAGACAAAUAAAUGUUAGAACUGAAGCACAAAAUUAUAAAAAAUGAAAGAAAUCUCAAUAUUCUCUUUGAUGUAAAAAAUAUUGAGAACAUUCCAAAAAAUAGCGAAUUAAACCGAUCACUCUCCGAAGAAAUUUCCUCCAAAGAAAUCAAAAUUUCUUCAAAUGUAGGACAAAAUUACCAAUCUAAUACGACAAUAAAUAAAGACGAAUAUGUCCAGUAUCCGACAUUUUUAACAAAAAAUUUAAAUAGUGCGGAAGAAAAUACACCCGUAUCGAUUCCCAAAAAAGUCAUCAAAAAUUUACAAUCCCUUACACCAACGAAGGAAGGUUCAAAUGAAAAUUUCAAAAUCAAUAGACCUAAAGAGGAAAGUGCUUCCACUACAUCUGUUUUUGCAAAUCCCUCCAGCGUAAAACAAAAAGGGGAAUUAGAUCAAUCAUUUGAUAAAGAUUAUAAUAUAUUAUAUCCAUCAAAAAAUAUCCCUGAAAAGGAUGCGAAAUAUAGCCAAAAUGUCGAGAGUGGAGGAUUAAAUAAACAAAACGGGUCGAAUAUUCUGUAUGGUAGAUCACAAAAUAUUCUUUUAUCGAGGGCACAAAAUGACAAAAACGUUCCUAAAAAUUACGAAUCAUAUAGAUCACUAGGCGAUUUCAUGGGUAUUCUGAAUAGUCCUACGAAUGUAGUAUCACAAAAUGCAAAUAGAUCAAUUGAAGAUCUUAUUAAAAAUUUUAAGUCAAAUGUCACUAACUAAUGGACAAUGGGGUUUUCCAAGCGUUUCCCUCAUCUCUCAACUAGAAACACAAAGGGACAAUGACAGAGCAAACAAUAAAAAUCAAAUAAUAGAACAAUUCAAAAGCAAUGACAAUAAAAUCGACUAUAAUAAUAACCUGAGUACCGUACCUUUAAAAAAUCCAGGUGGUGAUAACGUUUUAGAUUACAGAGGCUUAAAGAAUAAUAAUUUUCGCGAUUUUGGUUUCGAUAACGAUUUGCAUAAAAAUUUAUUGCAGACCAAAACACGAUAUUUCGAGGGUGAAAGUGACUCUACUACUAAAAAUAUACAAAAAUUUGGAUAUCCUGACGAUAAAGAUUUAGAGCCAUUACGAAAUCCCGACGAAGAUCCGGUAAAAUCGACAAAUUAUCAACUAUCAGAAGAAAAUUCGGAAAAAUUAGCGAACACAAAUCAGGAAAAGGAACGGUCAAGAUCGGCGAACAAAAAUAAUCAGAUUAAUAAGGAUUGCCAAAUAAAUUUCGCUAAUAGUAACAAAAAUAAUAAACAUACAAAUAAAGAGAUCGAUCAAUUCCUCGAAUCAAAAAAUCCCGAAUCAAGACCGAAUAAAGAGACCUCUUUAAAGAAAAUAAUCCUAUUAUUAGCGAUUAUGACAUUGACUCUAUUAAUUUCUACGAUUGUGAUGGCCGCCAUCUUAGGUCAAAUGAAAAGUGGAAGUCUAGUGGGGACAGAUCCAAAAAUUCUCCAAACUUCUGACGUGGACAAGAAUAUUGGGGAUGUAGUACAUAAUCUAAAUCCCGUAGUACUUCCUAAUCCUAUCCCAAUGAACUUCGAUCAAACCGAUCAUGCAAUUGAUAAAGAAGGAGGGGCCAAGGCUGCUAUGUUGAAUACUGGAGAUAAGUUAAAACUGAAAGCUGAAGUUAGCACUAAAAAUAUCUCUCUUUCGAUCGUAAAACGGGAUGUCCGUUUGGAUCCAAACGUGGUGCCGUUUCAUUAUCGUCUGCAAUUCUUGCCUAUCUUGAUACCCAAUAUCAUGGAGGCUGCCCUAUUUAAAAACGAUUCGGUGCGAGUAAUAGAUACAGAUGUGAACGAAAUAUUGGGAAAUCAUGAGGUUUCGAAUAACGAAUUUGAAGAAGAGGAUAGCUACUUGGAAGAUUUUUGGAGAUAUGUCCAAGAAGAAAUAAAGAAUAGAACUGAGGUAAUCGUCAAGCUAAAUAAUAUAAUCCAAAACACAGAGAAUAAUAUGGAAGGGCGACUAAAGGCUAAACAUAUUGUAGAAAAUAGCUAUACUUUUCACAAUAAUGCAAUUCUAUCAUCAUCCUCAUCGUCUACUUUGGAAAAUAUAAGUAAGAAAAACUUCAAAAAAUACAGAAUUAAAAAUGACAUAAUAAAAAAUAUCAAACCAGAUGGCAUUAAUAAAUUAAGGGAAAUAUCUAGAUUUAACAACGAAUCGAUACCCCUACUUCUCAAUAGCUUUCCCGAAAAACGAGAAAAGAAUAAAAAUAAGAUUGCACAUAUAAAAAAAGAAAUAAUAAAGGAGGAAAUAUUGAAAAAGAAACUCAAAGAUGCCAAAGAAAAGGUAGAAGCAAAUAAAAAAUUAUUCGCUUUUUAUGGGAGCGUCAAAAUUUAUUUCAAAAUAAUGGAGAAUUUUACGCGCGAAAUAAAGAUUCAUUCAAAAGCAUUGAAUGAACUAUCGAGACCCCAAAAUGGGAUGAAAUUGGAGAGGAUAUAUGAGCAGGCAAAAGAAAUAAAAGCAGGAAAGCAGGAAUUUAAUGAAACGUCUCCUUUCGACCCUAGAAACGACAUGAUUGAAAGCGGGAACAAAAUAGUAAAGAGAUCGAGUAAAGUACAUACUAAAUCAUUGGAUAAUAGGAAUAAUAUAAAGGGUGAUAGGAAUGUUAUAGAGGACACCAAACAUCUAUCUAGAGAAAUAACUUAUUUGGACGAAAGUGAUGUGAAGAAUAAGCCGACAAAGCUAAUGAUAAAUGACGUCAAUUAUGUCAUCGGCGAAAAUAUUAUCCUCUCUAAUGCCUCCUUGGAACCCAUCCAUGAUUGGUUAAAGAUUUUGACGGAAAAAGUAUUGGCUCCUGGAAUUUAUGUGUUGACUAUUCCAAAAUUUCGAGGGCAAUUGACUGUUGAUUUGGCAGGCUUUUAUUUGUCCAGUUAUAAGUACAAAGGAGAAGACAAUUAUUUAGCAGUAACCCAAUUCGAACCAACAGACGCUCGCAAGGCAUUCCCUUGCUUCGAUGAACCUGCUAUGAAAGCCACAUUUGAUAUCAGCCUUAUCACAGCCCGUAAAAGUGUAGCUAAUACUCCCAGAAAGGCUACCCAUAAAUCACCCAUACCAGGUUGGAAAAGACACGUCUAUGAAACCUCACCUCUCAUGUCAACAUAUCUUCUAGCCUUCAGUGAAAAUGAGUUCGAUGUAGUGCCGGCCGCCCCUUCAAAGUCUGGAGUAAAGUUUUCCAUAUGGGUCAGGCCAGGUAUGUCCGAACAUGCUUCGUACGCCAGCGAAAUUUCUUCGAAAGUUCUGGAUUUUUUUGAGGGAUACUUUGGGAUCCCGUAUCCCCUGGCUAAAUUGGACAUGAUGGCUGUUCCAGAUUUCAGUGCGGGCGCCAUGGAAAAUUGGGGACUCAUAACUUAUAGAGAAUCGGCACUCCUGUUUGAUCCGAAGGUCUCUUCUCUGGCCAACAAGGAACGAAUAGCGAAUAUUAUAGUUCACGAGAUAUCCCAUCAAUGGUUCGGAAACCUGGUAACCAUGCAAUGGUGGGACGACCUUUGGCUGAACGAAGGAUUCGCUUCAUACAUGGAAUACCUGGGAACUCACGCCCUAGAACCCAAAUGGGAAAUAAAAUCGAUAUUUCCAAUCAAGGAUCUCCAAAACACAUUUUCGAUAGAUUCUCUCACCAAUUCUCAUCCCAUCCACGUUCCGGUUGCAGAUGCCAGUGAAAUUGGACAGAUUUUUGACACAAUCAGCUAUUCUAAAGGCUCGGCCGUUAUUAGGAUGAUGAACCAUAUUUUAGGAGAGAAGAGUUUUAGGAAAGGAUUAAAAGAUUACUUGAACUCUUUGAAGUACCGAAAUGCAAAUCAUAACGAUUUAUGGUAUCAUUUGCAAAAGGCAUCUGACUCUAGCAAUUUGAACCUCUAUGAUAUUAUGAACACUUGGAUCCUGCAGAUGGGGUUUCCUUACGUUCACGUAAAGCGUUUCCAUUCAUCCAAUCAAGAUUUAUCUACAAAUUUGGCCGAUCAUGGUUCCAUAAUUUCGACCGAUGGAUUAAGAAAAUAUAAAUCGACGAAUGGAAAAGUGAGGAACGAUAAGAUUAUUAUCGAACAAUCGUAUUACUUGGCCAAUAAGAGUGCUAUGUGGUCCACCAAAUAUCCUUCCCCCUACAACUACACUUGGUAUAUUCCAUUUACGUUUGUGGUCAAAACCUCCCCCAAAACCGUAUCAAAAACCCAAACUGUUUGGCUGAAUAGGACUUCCGCGAAUAUAGACUUAAACUCGGAACAAGAAUAUGACAGUGUCACUGAUUUCUCAGUAACUGAUUGGAUCCUGGGAAAUGUCAAUCAAACCGGUGUCUAUAGAGUCAUGUAUGACAGGCAUAAUUGGGAAUUACUCAUAAGUCAAUUGAUGACCGAUCACAAAUUAAUAAAUCCUACCAAUAGAGCCCAAAUCCUGGAUGAUUUGUUCAAUUUUGCAAAAGCAAACUAUAUGAGUUACGAAUUACCUAUGAGAGCAACUAAAUACCUGAUUUACGAAUCCGAAUAUUUGCCUUGGAAUACAGUUAUUCAUAAUGGGUUGGAAUACAUUGGAGAAAUGCUUAAAAGGAGACCCAGUUAUGAACAUUAUAAAAAUUACAUGCAAAUGUUGCUAUACCCCAACUAUAGAAACAUAGGCUGGAAGGAGUAUCCUGAAUCAGAUUUGAAAACAUUUUUAAACCAGGAGGAACUAAUCAAGUCAGCUUGUCAGCACGAAAUAUGGGAAUGUGUCUUAGAAUCCAAGAAGAAAUACCGGGACCUUAUGAUGUCCCCUUCCGAUAAUAAAAUUCAGCCCCAUCUAAGGAGCAUAGUAUAUUGCAACGCCAUCAGUUAUGGCUCGAACGAGGAAUGGGAUUUCGCCUUCCAAAGAUACCUAAAUGAAGAAAACGCACAAGAAAAAACGAGAUAUUUGAUAGCGAUGGGGUGUAGUCGAGAACCCUGGAUAAUUAACAGAAUACUUCAUUAUUCCUUGAACGAGAGCAUGGUAAGGUCUCAAGAUAUGACCACUCUUUUACGUUCGAUCGCUCAUUCGAAUCAGGUUGGUAGAAUCGUAACUUGGUCCUUUAUCAUGAAUAACUGGGAUAUCAUCACCAAAAAAUGGGGCAACAAUCACUUUGCAUUUGAAAACAUAAUAACAAUAUUGAUGUAUGGUAGAAAUACGAAAGAUGAACUUAAUGAAAUUUUGUAUUUCAUCUCGAGGCAAACGGAGAAACACCAAAAGAUAACCCUGAAGAAGAGUAGUGAAAAAAUGUUAGGCGAAUCAUUCUUUAGCGCCGGGAUAGAAAAAAUUCUCUUGAACGUUGCUUGGUUGGAUCGGAAUGAAAAGGUCGUUAGCGAAUGGUUAGAAAUGUUGUUGCCUUAUUUCAGGAACUUCUGGUUGUCGAAACACUGAUUUCUUUCCCAUUUAUAUAUACUUUAUUUCUUCCAUUAAUUUCUUUUUUUAUUUAAACUUUCAUUUAUUUUUUAGAAUUAAAUAUAAAAUAUUUAAUUUUAAUCGUAUACAUACAAAAUAUUCAUUUAAAAAAGAAAAUAAAAUUAUAUCAGAUGAUGUAUAAAUGAACGUUAUUUAAAUUUAAAA